UGUGCCGCGGCGGCUGCAGCUCCGCCCUCGGGGCGGGGGAGCCGCUUGGCCCGCCCCCCGGAGCCUGCAGCCUGGCCUGCCCCGCGCGGAGCUCUCGCCGCCCCGGGGGUGGUGGCGCGGCGCGGCGCGAGCAUGCUGCAAGCCCGGCGGGCCGCUGCCUCCCGCUGCCUGCGCUCCGGGGCCCGGGGAGAUCUCCCCGUGGCAGCCGGCCGAGGGGCUGGUGCGGAGGCCGGGCUGGUGCGGAGCCGGGCCUCCCCGGCGAGGCGCUGCUCUGGCGUCGGGAGGAAGUGGAUCAGGCCCACGGGCCGGGAUACCGGGAUCCAGACCUACAACAGCCUGAGCAGAAGCAGAGAGCCCUUAAUACUGGCCAAUGCAGGAGUGGCGACCUGGUAUAGCUGUGGGCCAACAGUAUACGAUCAUGCGCACCUUGGGCAUGCUUGUUCCUAUGUUAGAUUUGAUAUUAUUCGAAGAAUAAUAACUAAGGUUUUUGGAAACGAAGUAGUCAUGGUGAUGGGGAUUACAGACAUAGAUGACAAAAUAAUUAAAAGAGCCAAUGAGAUGAACAUAUCACCAUUAGCUCUUGCCCGGGUUUAUGAAGAAGGCUUUAAACAAGACAUGGCUGCAUUAAAGGUUCUUCCCCCGACAGUAUAUAUGAGAGUGACUGAAAAUAUUCCUCAGAUAAUUUCUUUUAUAGAACGAAUAAUGGCUAGUGGACAUGCUUAUGCGACCUCCAAAGGUGAUGUUUAUUUUGAUGUCAAGUCUAGGGGAGACCGAUAUGGAAAGUUAACUAGUGUUUACACUGAUGUACAGGAGGAAAUGGUUGAUAGCGAUAAGCGACAUGUCAAAGAUUUUGCCCUGUGGAAGGCAGCCAAACCUCAAGAACUUUAUUGGGCUUCUCCCUGGGGAAAAGGAAGACCUGGCUGGCACAUUGAGUGCUCUACAAUUUCGAGUACAGUGUUUGGAAGUCAACUGGAUAUCCAUACUGGUGGCAUAGAUCUUGCGUUCCCUCAUCAUGAAAAUGAAAUUGCACAGUGUGAGGUUUAUCAUCAGUGUGAACAAUGGGGAAAUUAUUUUCUACAUUCUGGGCAUUUGCUUAUUAAAGGAAAUCAAGAAAAAAUGUCAAAAUCAUUAAAAAACUACAUUACAAUUAAGGAUUUUUUGACAAAGAAUUCAGCGGAUGAAUUCAGAAUGUUUUGUUUGCGCAGCAAGUACAGAUCAGCAAUAGAAUUUGGUGAUGACAGCAUGAAUGACGCAAAGAACCUCCUUCAGGCCAUCUCGUCUUUUAUUAGUGAUGCAAAUGCUUAUAUGAAAGGACAGCUGGUGUGUGAUCCCAUUAGGGAAGAUGUACUGUGGGAGAUACUAGCCAACACAAAAGCAAACGUAAAGGCUGCAUUUGCAGAUGACUUUGACACCUCCAGGGCUGUUGCUGCAAUUAUGGACCUCAUUCACCAUGGCAACAGACAGCUUAAGGCUGUCACUAAGGAAGGUGGAUCUCCUAGAAGCCCUGUUGUGUAUGGAAGCAUGCUUUCCUAUAUAGAGGACUUUUUUAACACUGUUGGAAUAUCUCUUGGAGACAGACAGGUUGUUCCAGAAAACAAAAAUUCAGCUAUGCUUUGCAGUGUGAUUGAUGAGCUAGUGAGCUUCCGUGUCAAGGUGCGUAAUUAUGCUCUUGCUAUGCCUGGAGCAACAGAAGCGGUGCAGGUGGAAGAAGGUACCAUUCUAGCAAAGGAAACAAAACAGGAAGAGAGAGAGAGAAGACGGCAGUUACUGCUGGAGCGAGAACCCCUUUUGCAGGCUUGUGACAACCUACGGCGAGACCUUGCUGCAUUUGGAAUCAACAUAAAGGACCGGGGUACUACUUCCACAUGGGAAGUGGUGGAUCAGAGAAGAGCAGAGCAAAGAAUGGAAAAUGACAGCUGAUAUAGUACAGGGACAUGACUGGACUGAUCAUGUGGCAGUGAAUGCUUUAGGAACCACUGUGAAUUAAUUUUUUUCCCAAUCAAAAAAGAACUCUGCAGAAACUUGUAUAUCUAUUAAUAAAUAGUGUUAACUUAAAUACC